UGGAGGCUGUGGUGAGUGAGGCUAUAAGACACUGCCUUCAAACCACAGCCAUAGAUAGAUUUUUAGAGUGAGAAACAGAGUUUAGAGAGACAGAGCUAUUAUGGAGAAAGCUCUGGUGAAAGUUGGAAGCAUAAAAGCCGGAAGCUUUUGGCUUUCCAAGAAGGCCAAGGAAGAGUUCACCAACAUCACUGAAGAUCUCUCUACUUUCUCAAACACUGUUGAAGAGAAGGCGAAAUGGGUUUUCAACAAGCUAAAAGGGAAGCCACUGAAAACAUUGCCAGAUCUCCUUCGAGAGUACAACUUACCACCAGGCCUCUUUCCCCAGAACAUUACAUGUUACGAAUUUGAUGACACAAAGGCCAAACUGGUUGUUUACUUGCCCUCUACCUGCGAGGUCAGCUUCAAGGACUCCUCCGUCAUAAGGUAUGCCACUCGGGUAAAAUGCAUUCUGUUGCGUGGUAAGCUCACCAGCAUAGAAGGAAUGAAGACAAAGGUCUUGGUAUGGGUUAAGGUCACAAAUGUGGCAGUUGAAGGAUACAAGUCCGAUAAGGUGUGGUUCACUGCUGGUGUGAAGAAAUCAAGGCCUAAGGUUGCUUAUGACACACCCCUUAAUGCUGUAAGAGUUGAUGAAUUUUGAUAUUAGACUAUUAGAUUAGAUAUCUGAUUCAGUUGGUGAAUAAUUCUAGUGAACAAUUUUAAAAAAGUUGGCUACAUCAAUUGUUCUUUUAUAUUUGGACAAGAUAAAAAACGACUGUGUUGUGAGUUGUGACUUCCAUCAUUUGCCAAAGUGAAUGGGACAUUACAUUUGUUUUGCAUCUCA